GGACAUGGGCAGGGUCACAGAAGAAGGCUUUUAUCUCCUCAGCUCUUGCGAGGCUUUGCAACACUGUCCCUGUGAGCACAGAAGGCAUGAAGGAAUGUGUUAGUGAAACCAGGGCCUGGCUCCCUGAGACCUCACCCUGAAAUCUCUUGUUACUCGGAUCCAUUUGACAGAUUCUGACUCUGCGGCCUGGCUGGUUGGAAUUUGUCCCAGUUGUGUGGCCUCCUCCCCAUGACCUCCUCCCCACUUGGUGUCAAGUAUGCUUAGCAGGACCUGUCCAGCCCUGUUAUUUUUCUUAUCACAAGUUGUGGUCCUCUCCCUCUUGUCCUCUGCUCUGGACUCUGCCCCCAGUAACAGGUCAGGGGGGUGCCACUCCCUCACUCAGACUGGGAGAGCCGUCCUGUGCAGUCAUGCCCCCACCAGGACCAAAUAUGGAGCUCUUGUCUCCAGAGCUGGCAUUUCUUUUGGUCUCAUGCAAUCUACAGGAUUUAGUUUUCUACCUUUCUUCUUCUGUCUGAUAAUUGGGACUCUUGAGUUCUGUUGAAUAAGCUUGGAUAACAUUCAUUCCUAUUCCAGAGCUUUGUGGCUGACUUCAUGCUCUGCAGAAUCACUUGUUGCUUUCUCCCUAUGUAGAUCCCUUUGCCUCUCUCAGUGGCAAGCAGACAGCCAGGACCCUCACCACAGUAGAAUGGGUGAGGAAGGGCCCCCCAGCCUGGAGUAUAUCCAAGCCAAGGAUCUCUUCCCCCCUAAAGAACUAGUGAAGGAGGAGGAAAAUCUUCAGGUACCCUUCACAGUCCUGCAGGGUGAAGGAGUGGAGUUCCUGGGCCGGGCAGCAGAUGCCCUCAUUGCUAUCUCCAACUACCGGCUGCAUAUCAAGUUCAAGGACUCUGUGAUCAACGUCCCCCUCCGGAUGAUUGACAGUGUGGAGAGCCGUGAUAUGUUCCAGUUGCACAUUGCCUGCAAGGACUCCAAAGUGGUGAGGUGCCACUUCUCCACUUUCAAGCAGUGCCAAGAGUGGCUCUUGAGGCUAAGCCGGGCCACAGCGAGACCUGCCAAGCCUGAGGACCUCUUUGCCUUUGCCUACCAUGCCUGGUGCCUGGGGCUGACUGAGGAGGACCAGCACACCCAUCUGUGUCAGCCAGGGACGCUGACUGGCUGGCCGGGCUGUGUUGCAGGAGAGCAUAUACGAUGUCGGCAGGAGGCAGAGCUCUUGAGGAUGGGCUUUGAUCUGCAGAACGUCUGGAGAGUCUCACAUAUCAAUAGCAACUACAAGUUGUGCCCCAGUUACCCUCAGAAGCUGCUGGUUCCCGUUUGGAUCACAGAUAAAGAGCUGGAGAACGUGGCUUCCUUCCGUUCCUGGAAGCGCAUCCCUGUGGUCGUGUAUAGACACCUGCGCAAUGGGGCUGCCAUUGCCCGCUGCAGCCAGCCUGAGAUCAGCUGGUGGGGCUGGCGCAAUGCUGAUGAUGAGUACCUGGUCACGUCCAUUGCUAAAGCCUGCGCCCUGGACCCUGGGACACGAGCCACUGGAGGCUCCCUCAGCAGUGGAAAUGAUGCAAAUGAAGCAUGUGACACUGACUUCGAUUCCUCUCUGACUGCAUGCUCUGGGGUAGAGAGUGCAGCGGCCCCUCAAAAGCUGCUGAUCCUGGAUGCGAGAUCCUACACGGCAGCCGUGGCUAACCGGGCCAAGGGUGGAGGUUGCGAGUGUGAAGAGUACUAUCCCAACUGUGAGGUUGUCUUUAUGGGAAUGGCCAACAUCCAUGCCAUCCGGAACAGUUUCCAGUACCUUCGGGCCGUUUGCAGCCAGAUGCCGGAUCCCAGCAAUUGGUUGUCAGCGCUGGAGAGUACCAAAUGGCUGCAACACUUGUCAGUGAUGCUAAAAGCAGCUGUGCUGGUAGCUAAUACAGUAGACCGUGAAGGCAGGCCUGUGCUGGUGCACUGCUCCGAUGGCUGGGACCGCACACCGCAGAUUGUAGCCCUGGCCAAAAUACUACUGGACCCGUAUUACAGGACAUUGGAGGGCUUCCAAGUGUUAGUGGAGUCUGACUGGCUGGAUUUUGGGCACAAGUUCGGAGAUCGCUGUGGCCACCAAGAGAAUGCAGAAGACCAAAAUGAGCAAUGCCCUGUGUUCCUCCAGUGGCUUGAUUCUGUUCAUCAGUUGCUUAAGCAGUUUCCCUGCUUGUUUGAAUUUAAUGAAGCAUUCCUGGUAAAACUGGUGCAGCACACAUACUCCUGCCUCUAUGGCACGUUCCUGGCCAACAACCCUUGUGAGCGAGAGAAGCGCAACAUCUACAAGCGAACAUGCUCUGUAUGGGCACUCCUGCGGGCAGGCAAUAAGAACUUUCACAACUUCCUCUACAUGCCAGGCUCAGACAUGGUCCUGCAUCCUGUCUGUCAUGUCCGAGCCCUGCACCUCUGGACAGCUGUUUAUCUGCCUGCAUCAUCUCCAUGCACACUUGGAGAGGAAAAUAUGGAUCUUUACCUUUCCCCAGUGGCCCAGAGCCAGGAGUUCUCUGGUCGCUCUCUGGACAGGUUACCUAAAACCAGAUCCAUGGAUGAUCUUCUCUCCGCCUGUGAUACAAGCAGCCCCCUGACUCGCACAUCCAGUGACCCUAACCUGAAUAACCACUGUCAGGAGGUCAGAGUGGGGCUGGAGCCCUGGCACAGCAAUCCCGAGGGCUCAGAGAUAGCCUUUAUGGACACUGGUGUAGGAGGUCCCCAGCAGACUAUGGGAGAAAUGGGCCUCCCUUCCCCUCUGCCCAGCAGCCAGAAAGACUACUUGAGCAAUAAGCCUUUCAAGAGUCACAAAAACUGUUCUCUAAGUUAUAAGUUGCUCAAUACUGCUAUGCCCCAGGAAAUGAAAAACAACACCUCUGAUCCUGAAAUCAAAGUCCUGGGACAGGCCAAGAUACUAGCUCCAGACCCUUCUGCCCAGGAUGGGCUGGGGAGGACUUUUGGUGGCUCAGGGGAGCCACCUGGACAUCAUCCAGAAACAGAAGCUGUCAGUGCACUCUCUAAAGUUGUCUCCAGCAAGUGUGAUGGAAUUGGUGAUCUCCCUGAGUCUUCCCAGGACUUCCUUGUGGGUGCCCCCCAGCAGGUCCAGCUGGGCUCUAUGCUGAGUGUACCCCGCAAAUGUGCUCUGGACUGUAGUCUGGGCACCCUUUGCAGUCCACCGAGUGCUGCCUGCCAAAUUCCUGUGGAACCAAGUGCUGGUUUCCUCAGCCAAGACCCCCCAGGGUGUAUGGCAAGUGUCUCCCACCAGGAACAGCCCAGUUCUGUGCCGGAUCUGAUUCAUAGAGAGGAAGACACUGGCAAGAAAGGAAAUAAUAGGAAUGGGCAGUUAUUAGAAAACUCUCGCUUUGGGAAAAUGCCAUUGGAAUUAGCCCGAAAGCCAAUUUCUCAGAGCCAGAUCAGUGAGUUCUCUUUUCUCGGGUCCAACUGGGACAGCUUUCAAGGGAUGGUAACUUCAUUCCCAAGUGGGGAGAAUACCCCUAGGCGGCUGCUUUCCUAUGGCUGUUGUAGCAAGUGGUCAAGCAGUAAGCAGAUGCGGGCCACGGGGCCCUGCUUUGGAAGCCAUUGGGCUCAGAGAGAAGGUAUGAAAUCACCUGUCUGCUCUAAUCAUUCCAAUGGACACUGUACUGGCCCAGGAGGAAAAAACCGGAUGUGGUUGUCUGGUCAUCCAAAGCAAGUCUCUAGCACAAAGCCUGUUCCACUGAGCUGCCCUUCUCCAGUGCCUCCUCUCUAUUUGGAUGAUGAUGGACUCCCCUUUCCCACGGAUGUAAUCCAGCAUAGAUUGCGGCAAAUUGAAGCAGGAUACAAGCAAGAGGUAGAUCAGCUACGUCGACAGGUGCGUGAGCUUCAGAUGAGGCUGGAUAUGCGUCACUGCUGUGCCCCUCCAGCAGAGCCUCCCAUGGACUAUGAGGAUGAUUUUACAUGUUUGAAAGAGUCAGAUGGCAGUGAUACAGAGGAUUUUAGCUCUGAUCACAGUGAAGACUGCCUCUCAGAAGCAAGCUGGGAACCUGUUGAUAAGAAGGAAACUGAGAUGACUCGCUGGGUUCCAGACCAUAUGGCAUCACACUGCUACAACUGUGACUGUGAAUUCUGGUUGGCCAAACGAAGACACCACUGCAGAAAUUGUGGGAAUGUAUUUUGUGCUGGAUGCUGCCACCUGAAGCUGCCCAUUCCUGAUCAACAACUCUAUGACCCAGUUCUCGUCUGUAACUCAUGCUACGAACACAUUCAAGUGUCUCGUGCCAGGGAACUCAUGAGCCAGCAUCUGAAGAAACCCAUUGCAACAGCUUCCAGUUGAAUGCCAGAGAUGGAUGACCUGUCCAAUUUUAGCAGGUUUGAAGGGAGGAUCUACUUCAGGUGUAGUGUGGAAGGUUCCUUGGUGUGGCUCAUAAAAUCACAGAGCUCAAAGAUACCGUCUUGAGAAAUCCUCCUUGGUACCAUGAGACUGGAGCAGAGGAAUUUCAAUUUGGCAGAAGGUCCUCUCCUGGAGAGAACCGCACCUUGGGGUAAUGGUUCUGAUCCAGCCCUACAAUCUGGGAGCCUAAUGUUGAGUUGGUGACUUCUUUCUCAUGGAGGGUCACAAGAUGAUGACUUCAUAGAUACUGCCUGGUGCAAAGUGCCCAAACAGCAAUAGAAAGGCAUAUGUAUAACCAAACUCCAAGUGAUAACCAGACCUAUCUCUCCACCUUGAAAAAAGCAGAUUCUAGUAUACAAGAUAGGAAUUCCUAUCCUAUUUGAGAUGAACUCUAUUCUGUACCUCUGUGCUCUGUGUCUGCAUGAAGGCUCAGUCUUUCGAGGCACUCCCUCCUAGUUGCAUUAGUACUGUCUUUCUGUGGAGUUUGGCUUAAGGACUGGUUUGGCAAGUGAAGAUUUCAAUGUAUUUUUCACUUGGCUCAUUGGCCAGCAUCAGUGAAUAUUCAGUUUAGGGGGACAGUUCUAGGGAGUGAGACAAUUUUGGGAGCAGAGGAAAACUCUGCUGAUGUUUUAGUCCUGGCAAAAAUCAGUUCUUUUGAGCUGUGAAGGCAGCUCUUGAGGUAUGCACUGUGAAGAAUGAGAAGUGAAAAGCAAAAAUUAUCCUUGUGAAAUAUCUGCUGAUUGUGCCCUACCCUUUGCGCCUGACUUUUCCUAGUUGUCCUGGUGCUAACACAGGAGCUACACCUUGAUCCUCUCCUGGCAUGAAAAUAAAACAGAGGUUUUUGUUGUUUCAUUGCCCCCUUCCCCCAUGUUGUCUUUCCCUUGGCUGCUGCCUCCUCUGGGUCACACUGCUUCUUAUCCUGAACACUUGACACCUUGAGGGUAGAAUUUAGUGUUUGGUUUUUACCUCCUGGGAUAUACUGUUUGGUAUGUGAGGGUUUCAGUACAAAUGCUGCUGUCUAUUUCUGUGCACUUAACAAUGGAACCCAAACAGAAGAGAAAAGCCUUGAUACCAAAAUUGGGAGAUAAAACGUGUCCAUUUGGACCAAACAUAUUUUUUGGUUUGAUUUUGUUUUUCAUCUUAAUAUGUACCAGUGGCACUUAACCAAAAGAUACAGUGAUAUAGCCAUGUACUGUGGUUGGGACAGAUACAGUCUCCUUGGCCUAUAAUGAAACCACUAGAAUUUUAUAUAUUUUGCUUAAUCAUUGGUGUAUAAAAAAUAAACUACAUUUAGGAAUAUCCUGUUUUAAAGCUGUGGUAGUUGUCUUUCUCACUUCUACUUUCAUAUUGCUUUCUAGAAAAAAAAAAUCAUUCCAAAAAUAACUAAAAUCUGCCUUUAGAACAAGAAUUGUUAUUUAUCCUGACCUUUUCUUCAGUCCUACAGAGAAGCAUCUGUGCUUCUUUUAUACUUGCCAUGGAUGUAACCUAAAAAGUUUUGGCAUAUUUAGGUCAGCCUAGUAGAACUUUUUUAAAAAGUGAAACUGAAUAAUGGAGAUUUUGUGUCUGGGAAAUUCCUGAGAGAUCAUUGAAGAAAUAACAAACUAUUCCUUGUCUCUGAUACGUAAAAUUCUUUGAAGCAUUUUCUCAUUAUUAAAAUUUAACUGCCAGUUGUGAGUGGCUUUUUAAUUAACUUGAUUUACAUUGCACUUCACUCUGCCUGUUUUUGGGGCUUGUAAGAUUAGGAACAUGGGGAGACUGUAUCUGUCUACUUUGUGUGGCUGUUUUGAGGGACUCUCCCAUCAAUGAAUAAACUGCAUGGCCUUGAAGAGAGAGUCUGGGCUCUUGGCUCAGAUACAUUCAUCAAAUACUCCUUUCAGAGCUGUUGUGGGUGUAAGUGACAUGAUGUGGCCAAAAAUCCAAACUGUGCAGUUGCGUUGUGACAAACAUGCAAUGUGCUGUAAAAACUCAAUACAGUUUAAAUAAAAUCUCUA